AAGCGAAGCUGAGGGAUAUAGUCUUAGUCUAAAACAGACAGGAGAACCUGCCCUGACGCCCACAAAGUAUUAGGAAGAGACCAGCGAGUAUAAACGGAUCAGCAGUCCAGUGUAGUUGUGACUGACACGCCUCAUACAAUUUGAAGAGACCGCGGAACCGUAAAGAGGACGCGGGGCACUUAUUGAGCACCUGCUCUGCCAGGUUUUAGACCACGUGAUGGUGACGCCGUGCGUGACGUCAGCUAAGGAAGAGUAGCCUUUAGGGAGCCGCAGAAUCGAAGUGUUAUGAGGUGAAAGUGUUCGGAGCUACGCGGGUUCACGAGCCCAUGGAGGGCAGGAGCGUCUGGGUGUGGAGAUUCGGCCUGUCUCUAGUCACUCUGCUGCUGGUGAGAGCGGCCGCGGCCGGGCUGCUGGAGCAGGAGGCACCGGGGGGUGAUGUGGCGGCUUAUCCGUGGGAGGAAGAGGAGAGCGCUGCGGGGAGCAGUCUGAGCUCUUUAUCCUCCGGAGCCGCCGCUUUCCCUGCUGGGGAGGUGACUGUGGAGGAUGUGGAGUCCGGGGCUGAGCAGGAACACGCGGAACGAAUGAAGGACGAGCGGAGACCCAGCAGGUCUCUGGUUAUUAUCAGCACUUUAGAUGGGAGAAUUGCAGCACUGGAUGCAGAGAAUCAUGGCCGAAAACAAUGGGACUUUGAUAUUGGCUCUGGUUCCCUUGUGUCUUCCAGCCUUAGUAAGCCAGAGGUUUUUGGCAAUAAAAUGAUUAUUCCCUCCCUGGAUGGUGACCUAUUUCAGUGGGAUCGAGACAGAGAAAGUAUGGAAGCUGUUCCGUUUACUGUAGAGUCUCUGCUGGAGUCUUCACACAAGUUCGGAGAUGAUGUGGUACUAGUUGGAGGGAAAUCUCUAACAACAUAUGGCCUCAGUGCAACCACUGGGAAGGUAAAAUAUAUCUGCUCUGCCAUGGGCUGUCGGCGGUGGAAUGAAGAUGAAUCUGAGCAGGAUGAUAUAUUAUUGUUGCACAGAAAGCAAAAAACAGUGCGGGCAGUGGGUCCCCGCAGUGGGAAUGAAAAGUGGAAUUUCAGCGUUGGACACUUUGAAUUGAGAUAUAUCCCAGAUAUUGAGCCUGGAGUUGGGUUUAUUGAAGGGCAGCUUGAGCCAACUUAUAGCACCGAUGAGUCUAGGAUUAUUUCUGAUGGAGAUGACCAAGAAGUUGGAACCACAGAUUUGGCCAUCAAGGUUUCUGUAGCUGACUGGAAGGUUAUGGCUUUCAACAGAAAGCUUGACCAUUUGGAGUGGGAACACCAGUUCUGCACUCCAAUCGCUUCAGCCUGGCUCGUUCGAAAUGGAAAGGUUGUUCCCAUUAGCCUUUUUGAUGAUACGAGUUAUACAUCGGAUGAUGAAAUCCUCGAGGAUGAAGAAGACCUUGUAGAGGCAGCAAGAGGUGCCACGGAGUCCAGCUUCUACUUAGGAAUGUACCGCGGACAGCUUUACCUUCAAUCAUCUGUAAGAAUUUCUGAGAAGUUUCCUGUAAAUCCAACUGCAUUGGAUACUAGGAAUAAGGACAAUGCCAUUAUAUCUCUACCCAGGAUUAAAUGGAAACCUUUAAUUCACUCACCCUCCCGGACUCCUGUUCUGGUUGGCUCAGAUGAGUUUGAUAAGUGCCUGAGCAAUGAUAAGUUCUCUCAUGAAGAAUACAGCAACGGUGCACUUUCUGUUCUGCAGUAUCCAUAUGGAAACCCAAGACUCGUACAGCAAAGAACUGCAAGACAGAUAGUAGUGCCUGUGAUCUCAGUUGGGCAUUCUGUUCAUACUUCAGCUCUGACUGAUAAUGGGUAUUAUUUGCCUUACUACAAGAGGGAACGGAACAAGCGAGGCACUCAGAUCACUGUUGGGAUCUUGGAGAAUCCAAACUACAAAAACAUUCGGAAGAAAGAUCCAGUCCUUCUCCUGCACUGGUGGAAGGAGAUUGUGGGCACAAUCCUGUUCUGUAUCACUGCCACCACUUAUGUUGUGCGCAAGCUGUUCCAACCAAAUCUAAGCAGUGCCAGGAAGAGAAAAGAGUCUGAGACACAGUGUCAAACUGACUGCAAAUAUGAUGCUAUAAACGGAGACCUGAAAGACAACUUGAGCGACUACAAGAAUUGCGGCUACGUGUCACGGUACCUCACAGAUUUUGAGCCCAUUCAGUGCCUCGGCCGUGGAGGGUUUGGAGUGGUGUUUGAAGCCAGAAACAAAGUCGAUGACUGUAACUACGCAAUCAAGAGAAUCCGCCUUCCAAAUAGGGAACUCGCUCGAGAGAAAGUGAUGCGUGAGGUAAAGGCCUUGGCCAAACUAGAGCACCCAGGCAUCGUGCGCUAUUUCAACGCAUGGUUGGAAGCACCUCCAGAAUUGUGGCAGGAAAAGAUGGAUGAACUGUGGUUAAAGGAUGGAAGCACUGAUUGGCCACUAAGCUCUCCCACCCCUCUGGAUGGUCCUUCUGUAAAGGUCCGGAGCGUUGAUCCAUAUUCAAUGAAAGAGCAAGUAGAAGUAAUCACCCCGUCGGAAAGCUACAGCUACCUGCCUUCUGCAUUUAUUGCUGUGCAAGGGGAGAGUGAGGAGGCAUCACCUCGCAGGCAGUCCAGAAGCGAAGCUUUCAAUGAGUCUUCCCUGGUAAACCUGCAGGACAGUUGCCUUUCAGACUUUGAUUUAGAUGACGGUUCUGAAGAUGAGAACACAGGAAUUUGGUAUGAACAUUGCCCUCGUACGGCGGCAGAUAUCGGGGUACCCGAAAGAACAUCAUCUUCUAUAGUUUUUGAAGAUUCUGGUUGUGACAAUUCUUCCAACCACGUAGACAAGGCAGAGGUUUCAGUCCUUAUCACGAAUAGCGAGUUUUCAGAAAGAGAGAGCGCAAGCCAAGACUCUAAUGAAAGCAAACCCACCUCCACAAGCACUUUAUCUGAGUCUCCUCCCAGGCCCAACUCCUUAUGUCUUGAUCUAAAUAAAAACGCUGCUGAAAGUAUAAAGCCCAGCUCCCCAAAGGUUUACCUCUACAUCCAGAUGCAGCUGUGCCGUAAAGAGAACCUAAAAGACUGGAUGAGUGUGCGUUGCUCACUACAGGAGCGGCCUCAGGCGGAAAGUCUUCAUGUAUUUUUGCAGAUUGCAGAAGCCGUUGAGUUUUUACACAGCAAAGGGCUUAUGCACAGGGAUCUCAAGCCUUCCAAUAUAUUUUUUACAGUAGACGAUGUAGUUAAAGUAGGAGAUUUUGGGCUGGUGACUGCAAUGGACCAAGAAGAAGAUGAAGAAACCGUUUUAACACCAAUGCCAGCAUAUGCCCGUCAUACAGGUCAAGUGGGAACUAAACUGUAUAUGAGCCCCGAGCAGAUUUUUGGCCAAAGCUAUUCCCACAAAGUGGAUAUCUUCUCCCUUGGGCUGAUCUUGUUUGAGCUUUUAUACCCAUUUAGCACACAGAUGGAGCGAGUCAGAGUAUUAACAGAAUUACGCGACUUGAAGUUCCCAGAACUAUUUACAGAGCGAUAUGCCACCGAGCAAAAAAUGGUACUGCACAUGCUAUCUCAUAACCCAAAUGAAAGGCCGGAGGUUGAAGAAAUCAUUGAGAACCCUGUGUUUGACAGCAUUGACCUUCUUGGGAAGCUGGCCCUCAGACAGAGGUCUCGUUCCUUAAGCGCUUCCGGUAUAAAGACUUUCAGGCAGUCCAGCAAGUGAAUGGAUUGCACCAAUUUGCACCACUUUAUAGCUCCUCCUGCUUCAGUGGGCUGACGUUUCCCCCGCAAAGCGUAUGAAGAACAUGAAGCAGGCGAUUGUUGCGCCACUGUAACUCCAAUAUGAUUGGCUUAGCGUAGUAAGAGCAAUACAAAGUGCUUGGGUUAAAACCUUAAUACCUUGUGCCCUUCAGCCCUGUUACUCUUCCUCAGGUGACUGGCUAGCAAUGGAUCCUUGCCUUUUUAUAUUUAUAUUUUUACUUGAUGGAAAGCACAAGCCUUUGAAGUGCAGAGCAAAAGGGGAAAAAAUGUGGAAUUUGUAAAAUAGAACAAAUAUUUUUCUAGAGCUAAUGGUAAAUAAGGAAAGCAUUGUGCUUUGACUGUAAUCCAAUGUCAAAUCCGUGAGCAAAGGAUCAUGUAUCAAGUCAUAGCUAUUGUUUUUAGCUUUUUAUUGUUUUAAGUCAGCAAAAGGAAUUUCUUUUUGUGGUGGUUUUUUUUUUUUUAGCUUUACCCGCCAUCUUGUUUUUAGAACACCGCUGAUUUCAUUUCAAAGAUAUCAUUCCUGUUCAUCUACUGUAGCUGCUGCUAGAAAAUGCUGGGGGAUGUAGUUUAUCUGUAUAUGGAGGGCUGCACAAUAUAUUUUAACAUUCUUGCAGGUCUCUAUCAUGCAGAUAUACCGCUGUUCAUUCAGUUAUAACCUUGCUGUCUAUGAGAGACAGAUUAAUUGACAAGAGUCUUCAAGAGGAAAAACGAAUCUCCCAUUUUAACGUGAACUAAUUUAAGUUGGGCUUAAAAACUGAACGGCCCAACACUAAGCCCAAGUGAAAGUUAUCUUGCCUUUAAAUGACCAUGUCCCUCCAAACCCUUUUCCAAACACUACAUUUUAACUGCCCAAAACAUCAAUUUUUUUUAAUCAGCCUUUGAAGAUAGAGCUUUAUUUCUAUGAAUACAGCUGCCAUCUGGUAUCCAGUGAUGUCACUCUCCUUCCAAGCAUUGCAUCAUAUGUAUCCAGUGAUGUCACUCUCCUUCCAAGCAUUGCAUCAUAUGUAUUCACCUUCUGGCCUCUAGUCAUCACUAGAAGGAAAUCAUCUUUGCUCAAGACGUUGGGUGUUAACAUAGAUUGGGCGCCAGUUCAGUGGAAGUGAUGUUCUCCUGCUCCUUGACAAUCAAAGCUUUCUCGCUGAGCUGUAGGGAAGGUUGGAAUAUAAAGAUGCUGCAUAGAAAGGUGUUUUGCUUGUUUUAAAGCACCUAUUCCGAUGGGAAAUAAUCAUUUAUGAAGGUUUCUUUGUCCUUUAAGGAAAGCGUAGAAGUUGCUGAUGAUCAUGAACUCCUUUUCAAAGAAAUAACCAUGAAGUUUUUCUCUAAAUGCUUGUGACUUGCACUUCUGUUUAAUCAUGUGACCUGGAAAGAGCAAAUCCUUUUCUGAAGCCUCUGGUAAGCCCAAUCAUGGGACAGGAUUAAUGUGUUUUUUUCCAUUUUCCUUUGUUUGUCAUGAAUUUAUUUCUGUGUACCUGUUGCUGCUGUGUCUCGGUUGACUUGCUUUGACGACUUCUUAAACGUCUUACAGGCUGGGAAACCGGUUAUUGGGUUUAUACGUUUAACAACGCGUCUCGUGUAAAUAUGUUUCUUUCCGUUGUGCGUUCUCGUCUUGUUUAAUUUAUGUCAAGUCAAUCCGUUUGGGGUUGUUCUGUACAGAACACUUGUUACGAAAUGAGAACAUUUAAGUGCAUUCGAUAAUGUUGACUUUUUUCAAGUCUGAAUGAUUUAAUAAACUGUUUUUAUUUA